AUGCGGCGUGUGCGCUGGGCUCACAUCAAUCACCUGCUCCUCUCUUGGCCAACUCUGGUUUUGAUAUUUGGCUCCAUCAUGAAAGCGGUCGGCAUCGCAGCGCUCGUUUCCCUCCGCCUCCUCGGCGUGCUGGCGCUGCUCCUGAUUGGCUGCGUCCGGCGAGGGGAGGCGGGACCCGUCAUUCGGCCGCUCAGCCCGGUUUUGAGGAGUCCAAACACGUACCGGGCCGCAGAGGAGGUCUCGCUGCACGCUCAGCGCUCCGAGACGGAGGAGGAGUCGAACGUCAGGCUGAACGUUCCGGUGGCGGACGAGGAGGAGCACGUGGUGGUCUGCUGCUUGCACAGCAACAUCCUGGACGUCUACCUGAAGGACGUCUUCGACGGCCUCGACGACGGGCAUCCCAGAAUGCACCAGCUGCACUCGGACCUCAGCAGAGCCGGCCAAGACCUCAAAGAGCACGGAUGCAACGCGCCGCACUACCGAGACCACCGGCACGUGGUGCAGUUCCGCGACAAGCUGGCCCAGAUGGACAGCAGUCGUGGCCUGAAAAAGGCCUUGAGCGAGGUGAACAUUCUCUUCACCUAUCUACAUGACAACUGCGUGAGCGCCGCCCGCUGACGCACACAAGCAACUACCACCACUAUGACUACUUUAUUUAUUGGCUUAUUUAAUCGUUGGCCUUGCUAUUUAUGUGGUUGUUACCAUGGAGACGUGUUACAGUACUGACAUUUCAAAUAAACUUGCUUCUUUCAACAACAACAA